UCGUCCAAAUAAAGUAUAAAGGCGGUCCCUGAUAACCCUUCGUUAUAUUCAUCUCGCAAAUUCGAUUUGUUGUACGGAGGUUUGUGUUGUUGAUUUGUUGCGCUAGGAACAUGUUUCUGUGCUUUGCAGCCCUGCUCCUUUUCGACACAUCUUCGGCUUAUGUUUAUCAUGACAAGGCUGGGGGUAUUUGGAGAGGACCCCCAGGUAUUUGGACUGGCGUUAAAGAGACCCUCUCCAGUUCUUCUAGUUAUGGCCUGCUACCGAUAACAACUGCUCCUGACCCAGAGGAGGGUGAGAUUGAAGACAACGGCGUGUUUUCCAGAAAGAGUUACGAACCCGUAAGAGAUGGCUCAAAUAUUGACCGUCAGGAGACAGAAGAUAAGUUUGACGGUUCACAAAACAAGGUGAUCACUCAGUUUGAUUACGGCGACUUCAUCACUGGUCCCACCCAGUCCCUUUUAUCUCCUGAGCCUCCUGGUCAGAUAGAGGAAAUUGUCAGUAGUAUCGACAGCGAAAACGCAGGUCAGCUUGACUUAGUGGAUUGUUUGGCUCGGGAGAGGAAGUUUGAAGAUUCCGACUCAACGUUUGAGCUGGAGGUGAAGAGACGCAUCUUCAAACUGACAGCUAGGUACCAGCGGCUGCGAUCUCACAAACCGUUAGUCAAACACCAACUGAGAAACAAACUGUCCAUUUUGAGGAGGAUUCUGGGGAAUAUUGGGCAGGAUCCUGGUGAUUUAAACGUUGAGGAAGGAGAUCUUGAUACUAAGCGACCUAUCUCACUUAGAUUUAUCAAAGCUCUGAACAAUGUGGCUGGAGAAACGAGCACAGUACUGGGAUACCUGCUGGCCUUCGGGUACCUUCAAAAAGCCAUGAAACUUUCAGAGAGUAGACUGCAGGAUUUGGACAAGUGGGAUGAAUUUGCUACACCCUGUGAGAUAGAGAAGGCUAUUGGGGAGUUUCAGAAAUUUAACGGUUUAGCGGUGACCAAUAAACUUGAUUAUUCGACGAUCAAGAAGUUGAAAAAAGAUAGGUGUGGUAUGCGUGAUAUACCGUCCAGUAAAAAGAAAAGGAAAAAGAAAUUUGGUCGGAAUAGGAAGAUCAAGAAUGUCCGCUCUAAACGAUAUGUGUUGAGAAAACGCGCGUGGAAAACAGGAACACCAAAAAAAGAGCUAACAUACCAUGUGAAGAACUGUACGAACACCAUGCCUCUUAACGUAUGCAAGAGGGAAAUCGAAGAAGGCAUUAAAAGAUGGACGGAAGUAGCUCCAAUAUUCUUCAGGGAGGUAGGAGCGGCUGAAGCAGAGUCAGCGGAUUUCACAAUCUUUUUUGUGAGUGGAGAGCACCCUAAGAAGAACAUAAGCUCACCAAAGAACGAUGACCCAUUUGACGGCCCUGGCGGGGUGGUCGGACACGCUUACUUUCCUCGGGGUGGUCACAUCCACUUUGAUAACGACGAGACCUACUCCUGGAACUCGGACCGAGGGAUCAACCUCAGGUUCUUUGUUGUUCAUGAGUUUGGACAUGCUCUGGGGCUCGAGCACUCGGAUGUUGCGGACACUGUCAUGAUUCCGGUGUACGAUGCGGAGACUAAAGGCUGGUCAGGGUCGGACAGGUUGUUUGAGGACGAUAUUUUGGGGAUAAGGAAGAAGUAUGGGGAAGGUAAAGGGAGUGUGAAGACUUUGAAAGCUGGUUGAUCACUUUGGAGAUUGAUUGACUGAACAAGUUCAAAAACUGAUCUUUGAAGACUGGCGGAGAAGUUUGAACUAUUAGUAAGAUGGUCGGUGAUUUAAUUUUAGGGUCUUUGGGGCUAGAAACUUCUAUUUCCUGCUUAAAUUGUCACUACCGGUCAUAUUUUAAACAUUUAUUAUUCAUGCAAUACAAUUGAUACAAUACUUUAACACAGACUUGUUUAAGAGACUUGUUCUUAAGAAUAUAUCCUAAUAACUGAUUAAAUAUUGAUUACAGUGGCUAAACUCUAAAGCAUAAUUUUCACUUUCCGAGUUAAAAUAUUUUCAAUGUUGAGAAUUAGAAUCAUCAGCCGUAUGUGAUGAUGAUAAUAGACUGUGAAUAUUUUGUGAUAAUGUAGGGAUAGUUGGAAAAGUGAUAAUAUGUAAAGAUAACAAGAGUCGCU